AUGGAUCGUGAUAACACGACAAAAAGAAAAACUAGUCCUAGACAAACAGCAAAUAUUUUCUCAUUGGUGACGUUUUUCUAUACUUUAAAAAUGUACAUUAAAGGGUACACCAAAGGGAUAGAAAUGAACGACAUCUAUAAAGUCUCACCUGACGCACAUUCAGAAAAAUUGGGGGAAAAGUUAGAACACUACUGGGAAAAAGAAAAAAAUUCCAGAGACUCUCCAUCUAUCUGUCGCGUUGUGUUGUUUUGUUUUGGCAAAACGUUUUUCCUCGUAGGAAUAAUCCAACUUGUUUCGGAAAUCGUUAAAACGGUGUGGUCACCUGAGGCCCUCUCCAAACUCAUCUCUUACUUUAGCCCUGGACAAACUGACUUAACCAAGCAAGAUGCUAUUUAUUAUGGCUGCUUGGUUAUUGGAAUUAGCUUAACAAAUUCAUUAGUGAGAUCCAACUUUGACAUAAUUUUGGCAGCUCUUUCACUAAAAGCAAGAGCUGCUGUUUCCUCAUUGCUUUACCGAAAAUCUCUGAGAGUGAGUUCUGAGUCUUUGUCGGAUGUGACAGCUGGGAAAAUCGUGACCAUCCUUUCCAAAGACACCGACAUUUUAGAAAGCUUUUUUCGUUCAGGAAAUGGCGUGUGGAUAGCUAUGGUUAAAACAGGUGUCAUCUGCUACCUAGUCUAUCAAAAAAUAGGAAUGGCUUCGUUUUCUGGAAUAGCGUUCUUUGUGGUGAUCUUCCCCCUUCAAGUAUACAUCGGAACGUUGACUUAUAGGUACAAACUGAAAUGUAGCCAAAAGACAGACGAGCGUUUGAAUCUAAUUCGUGAAGUUCUGUCAGCAAUUAAAAUCAUCAAAAUGUACACUUGGGAAAAAUUUUUCGAAGACAAAAUCCACGAUGCCAGAAAAAAAGAAAUGAAGAAACUUCACAAGCUGUUCUACACCAGAGUUUGGAUAAGCGUAAUUGGUAGUCUUUGCUCAAAAACUGCUUUCUUUUUGUUUGUAAUGACUUACGUAUGGAUGGGUCAAAACGUGUCUGCUGAGACUGUCUACUACAUUUUGAGUUGUUUUAACGAUUUAGAAGGUUCACUUAGUAACGAGAUACCUUUUGGAUUUUCUCAGUUUGCCCAAACCUUUGCAACGGCUGUAAGAAUUGAAAGUGUAAUGAGAGCACCAGAAUUACCAACCAAAGAGACAAUAACUGAUCCAAAGGAAGCCAAAGUUUGUUUGAACAAUAUAGAUGUCACCAUUCAUGAUACUAAAAUUUUGGAGAACAUAUCGUUGGAUAUUAGUGACGGUCUUAAUGUCGUUGUUGGUCACACGGGUAGUGGAAAAACCACACUUUUGAAAACAAUUUUGGGCGAGUGUCAUACUACAGGAAAAAUUGACGUUUGUGGAAGAAUUUCCUAUGCAUCACAAGAACCUUGGCUAUUCCCUUCCACCAUCAAAAAUAACAUCCUGUUUGGAGAAGAAUUCAACCAAAACCGCUAUCACCAAAUUCUCGAAAUUUGUAGUCUAGAUUACGACUUAGAUUUACUGCCUGAAGGUGAAAACACAGUUGUGGGAGAAAGUGGUAUCAAUCUGAGCAAAGGCCAACAAGCUAGAAUAAAUCUAGCACGAGGUUUAUACAGAAAGAGCGACAUAUACUUACUGGAUGAUUGUCUUGCUUCUCUUGAUGGUAAUGUAAGUGACAGCGUUUUCCAAAAAUCCAUUUGCGAGUUUCUCAAGGACAAGAUACGCAUUUUUGUGACCAGUAGCACCGAUUAUGCACAAAGGGCAGAUAAAGUCAUUGUUGUAAAUUCGAAAUGUGUUAAAUUCGGCGACGAUGUCGACAAGACUCAAGUUUCAUAUACAUUUGACAACAUAGAAGGAUCUGCUAUAUUAAAUUCGACAGAAAGUCAUGACGGAGAUUCUUUGGAAAAACAGAUCUACCACGAAAAGAAGAAGUCUGGAAUAGUUCCUUUGAGGGACUACCUCAGAUACGUGGAGCAUGGUGGAGGUCUUAUAUUGUUUAUUUUGAUAGUGUCGCUUUUUGUUUUGAGCCAGUAUGCGAUUGGCUACAGCGAUAAGGUUUUAAGCACAUGGGUUACUGUAGAACAAAACUUCACAAAUCUCAAAAAAUUAAAUGAAACUGAUAGUCCAGAGUUUGAUGAUCUCUACCAAAAGAGACAACAUGAGUUGGGGCUGUACUCUAUCACGGUUUUUGCAUCCAUUCUUCUAGUUCUAAUCAAAUCUUUUUCGUACUUUCAUUUUACCCGAACUGCAUCAAUCAGUUUACAUAAAGCCAUGGUUUGCAACAUUAUGAAUAGCACCAUGGAAUUUUUUGACUCUUAUUUUAUUGGUAAUGUUGUAAAUCGAUUUACUAAGGAUUUUGUUAGUGUGGAUGAGGUUAUUCCUUUUGUGGCUAUGGGAUGCUUUACGAUGAUUUUCACCGUUUCAGGAGGAGUAAUUCUUCUAACUACAGUUAAUUAUAUCUUCUUGGUCGAAUGUCUUUUCCUUUUGCUAGCUGCUUGUGUAGUAAAACAGUUUUGCCAACCCACUGGUCGUAAUUUGGAACGUCUUCAUGUUAUAUCCAGAAGUCCUUUAACUGGCCACGUCAACUCGACUUUGGAAGGUCUAACGACAAUAAGAGCAAGCAAUGCUCAGGAAAUCGUCAUACAGGAGUUUGACAGACACCAGGACCUAUUCACUUCUGCACUUUUGAUGGUGAUCACCAACUUCGUAACCGUCAGUGUCUUCCUAAAAUACCUAGCUACAGUUUUCACGAGUUUAAUAAUUUUUCAGUUUUUACUAACAGAUGCAGUUGCCAGCGUGGGUGAUGUUGGUCUAGCGAUAACCCAGGCUUUCGUUAUCAGCAAUAUAAUCACAUCAGGAAUCAGUAAUGUCGCCGAUUGUGAAAACCUGAUGAUUUCAGUUGAAAGAGUUCUGGAAUUUACACAACUGGAAGAAGAACAUAAGGAUGGUAAAAUUCUGAUCGGUUGGCCAGAAUUCGGUUCCAUAAUUUUCAGCGACGUUUCUCUAACUUACAAAGACAACAAGAUAUUAAGCAAUAUUAAUUUCGCCGUCCAUUCGAAAGAGAAGCUCGGUAUUAUCGGUCGAACGGGUGCCGGAAAAUCCUCUGUAAUCACAAGCUUAUUUCGUCUAUACCCAACGCAAGGAAAAAUCACCAUCGAUGGCGUUGAUAUUAAUGAUAUUUCUUUAAGUUGGCUGCGAACAAACAUUUCUGUCAUUACGCAAGAUCCUUACCUGUUUCCAGGGACCGUACGAGAAAACUUGGACCCUAUGAAGCAGUACACGGACGAACAAAUGUGGAAAGUCUUAAAGGAUCUACAACUAGACAAUUUAGUUAAAGAUUUGGAUAUCAGAGUUGACAAAGGAGCCACUUUCAGUACCGGUCAGAAACAGUUAUUGUGUUUGGCACGUGUGAUUCUUCGGAAGAAUAAGAUUGUCAUUCUUGAUGAGGCAACGGCCAAUAGUGAUAAAGAAACGGAAAUAGUCAUACAAGAAAUAGUACAAAAAGAAUUUAAUCACUGCACGAUACUAGUUAUUGCUCAUAAACCAUUACCUCUUUCACACUGUUCCAAAAUAAUGGUACUCAGUAAUGGUAGGAUUGCCGAAUUUGACGAACCAAUGAAAUUGUUACAAAAGAAAAACAAUUUUUUUCGUGCCAUAAAUCGAUAAGUUAUAACUAUAAUGUUUAGCUGAAAAUAAAACUAUUUCUGUAAUUUAUUAAAAAUGAUGCACAAGUGGAGAGCGAGAAGCGAGUAAGGCAAGGUUGCACCGGCCGCACUUUAGACGGGUUGAUAGGAUAUAUAUCAACGGAAAUACAUUACAUCGGAAGAAUGUCACGUAGACAUUUGUUUGAUUUGAAUGAGUUUAUCGCCCCAAAACAGAUGACUAAAAUUGUUCAUAAGCCUCCAUUGAACAAAAUAUAAAAAUUUAUUCGGCAAACUUUUCAGGUGGCGUCAUCAAUUUUUUGGAGAGGACAAGUAAAUAUAUUUUGAAUAAAAACUGUAAACCAUCUGCAAGAUUUCAAAGCAUUCGGUUUUGCAGAUUCCAAAUUAAAUGUCAAAAUGUUGUUUCCUAAUUUUGAUUUUUUUUCCAAAAAUUUGGACGUUUCGGGUAAAAUCUCAAUUCGGAGUUAUAAACUACCUGUGUAAGACUAUGUUAUUUGAUAUAAUUUAAAACCCAUUUACUAUGUACAAUUUUGAAGUGACGUCAUCACAUUAGUGGUGGGGAUGACAAAUUUUGGUUAGCGUUUUACCAUAGAUUAAUAUAGAGAAAAAAAAUACACAAUUAAAAUAAUCGAAAAUUCGAAAAAUCGAGAAAUCUAAUAAUCGAAAAAUCGAAACCUAAAAAAUAGUAAAACCGAAACAUCGAAAAAUCGAAAUAUCGAAGAACUGAAAAUCGAAAAAUGGAACAUUAGAAAAUCGAAAAAAUGUAAAAUUCAAGUCUAAAAUUUAAAAACCGAAUAACGAAAAAUCGAGAAAUUGAAACUCCCAAAUCUAAAAAAUCGAAUAACUGAAAAGUCGAAACAACGAAAAACUGGAAAAUCGAAAAACCGGAAAAUCGAAAAAUCAAAAGAUCAAGAAAUCGUGGAGUCGAAAAGCCGAACAAUUGAGAAACCGAAAUAGCCCAAAAUCGAAAAAUCGAAAAGUUAAAAAUUGAACAAUUUAUAAAUUGAGAAACUGACAAUCAAAAUAUCGAAAAAUCCAAAUCUCGAUAAAUCGAGAAACCAAAAAACUUAAAAAUUCGAAAAACUGAAAAUUGACAGAUUGAAAGAUCAAAAGAACGAAAAAUCGAAAAGUGAUGAAGUCGAAAAACCGAAAAAUAGAGAAAUCGACAAACAAAAAAAUAAAAGUUAAAAAAUUGGAAAAGCUGAAAAAUCAAAAAACGAAAAAAUGGAAAACUGGAAAAAAUGAGAAACCGAAAUAGGCCAAAAUAAAAAAUUGAAAAACUGAUAAAUCGAAAACCUGAACAAUCAAAUCUCGAUAAAUCAGGAAAAAAAAUCAACCAAUCGAAAAAUUGAAAAGCAGAACAUCUAAAACCACGAAGUCGAAAAAUCGAAAGACUAACAAAUAUUGGAAUAUUGAAAUAUCAAAAGAUUGAAAAAUCUAAAAUUUAAAAAUCCAAAAAUUGAAAAAUUGAAAAAGUAAAAAGGUAGACACAUCGAAAAAUCCAGGAGUCAAAAAUAGAAAAGCCGAAGAAUUGAAAUAUUGAAAAAUCCUAAAACUGAAAAAUCGAAAAUCAAAAAAGUGAAGUCGAAAAAUAGAAACCUUAAAAAAUCGAAAAAUUGAAAAAUCAACACCUAAAAAAUCAAAAAAGUCAAAGAAUUGAAAAGGAAAAUCGAAACACCCGAAGGUCAAGAAAUGGGAAAAUCAAAA